AUGUCGUGGCCGGAGGUGGUUGGGUGGCCGGCAGCGGACGCGACGACUAAGAUCAACAGAGACAGGCCCGACGUCACCAUCGAGGUGUUCCCAUGGGGCACCAACGUGGCGCCCGGGUACAACGCCCUCCGCGUCCGCGUCUACGUCGACACCUUCUACGCCGGCAGACCCGUCGUUGGUUAG